AUGCAAAAACUUGACAUGGCUACAGUUGCCACUGGCCCAUACAAUAUACUUUUCUUCACUCUUUUGCUGAUUCUUAACCUUUUAGGAUCACUAUCAUCGGAAGUGAUUUUGGUUAAGGACAAUUUGUUCACCACGGAGGAGAUUCGAGAUAUGAAGACUUUGCUGUCCCAGGAGGAAACAUUCUGGGUAUUCAAACCGAUCAGUCAAGAGAGUUCAAAUGAUAUUCCCAAUGAUAUCCAGGGCAGUUUAUCACGAGCCAGACAAGCGAACACCUGCUUCUCUUGGACUACCAACCUACCUUUUGACAGUUUUAAGAAUUCUUCACCUUGGAGGAAACUUACAAAAACGCUUUCGUCAAACUUUGAAGCAAAAGGUGAUUACAGGAUACUGGGAUUUGAAGGAAAAAUUAACGUUAGAGGAACGCAUCUGUGUGGUGAGAAGUCGAUUGUGAAUGAGCAAGAUUUUGAGAGCUUUGUGGCUGUUAUUUUUCUUGUAGAUUGGAAAUGCAAUAGUUAUGGUGAAUUGGUUAUUUACAAUAAUAAAGGGGAAAUACUGAAAGCUGUGUAUCCCAAACAAGGUAGACUUGUAGUCUUUCCUUCCACUCUCGAACAUGUUCUCAAGCCACCGGCGAAUGACCUCUCAGGACGCUUGUACGUGAUGAAAUUCCACAUAUCAGUGUCUGGUAAAACACAGAAAAUUGGCACCACAGCUGGGGAAAAGGCCCUUGGUUUUAGUCAAUACAUUCCCAGUUUUAAACAUCUGACCAAAGCUGAUGCUUUUAAUGUGGAAAAGGAAGACAUUAAACAGUUUGUUACUAGAAAUUUUACGACCAGUGAUGGUCGACAAAUUGUUGUGUUUGAUGAUGUUGUUCCUGCAAAAGAGCUUGAUGCUCUGAGGUACACGAUCAUGAAUGGUGGAUACAAUGACAAUGCCGCUAGUGUGGAUAGUACAGAUAAUGUGCAGUGGAUAAUGGCAUUUGAGGCUGAAGAGUUUGUACAAACCUCUUUAUGGCAACUAGCCAGCCAAAUUAUAAGAGCUGUUUCGGGUAAAGAAGGCUACUACCCUUAUGACAUUGGUUGCAAUAAUAUACAGAAUAUGGACACCACAACCAUUCACACAGACUGCGCAUCUCAUGAGAAUGAGUUUACUCUGCUGAUUUAUCUCAAUCAAAAUUGGACCGAAAACCACCACGGUGAAACAGUAUUCUUUAAUGAUGAGGAGAGUGAAGUUAUAUUUGCAGUUAGACCAAAAUAUGGGCGUGUUGCUGUUUUUCACGGGACAAUUCCUCAUAGCGCUCGGCCACCACUAGUGACAUUUGCAGGUAUGCUUUCAAAUAAGAAGUGACGACUUCUGCUGGUGAAAUAAAUUUACUAGUGGUUAGGGACAAAAUGGUGUAUCAUUAUUGUUAAGCAAUGUAGUAUCGACUCUCAAUGUCAAAGGCCUGCAAUACCUUUCUGGUUUGUUGCACGCACUUUUUACGAAAACCUUUCUUGAAAUAGCCGUAUAUUUUUGCCCUGGGUCAUGGCUAGGCUCCAUUGGUUUUUGUUUGUUUUCUGUUUACUUUUGGUUAGAGGGAAAGCAACAUAAAACAAUGCAAAAAAUAAACCCUACCUUGACUUUGAGUUGUCAAUAUCACUGACUUCCUCUUAUUUUUCCCUCUGUUACUUAAGGUAAUUCCCUUUAAAAGGAUGUACUUUCUGGACUUUUUUCCAACUUGGCACAAAAGUAUAUGGUCGUGUGUAGGACACGGAAAAACUGUGAUAAAAAGAUGGGGUCACACUACUUGUUUUUGCCCUGCUUGCCCAUUGUAUAUUAAAGGUGUUUUUUUUUACUGACAACCCCAAAAAUAAGCCCUUAAAAAUUGUUAUCAUACUGCAAAACCCAUAAAUAUUUAGGAAAAUGAGAUCCUUUUGUUUGUCUGAGCUGUAAUCUUUCAGCAAAAUUGUUUUUUGGAGUCAGGGAUGCUUGAGCUGAACUUACUAUAACUAACUUUUUAGUGCUUUGUUGUUGAGACUUAAUUGGUUUUCAAAAUAUUUAUGUAAAGUGCUACUUCAAUGUUGAAAUGUUAUACGUAAACGUUUCACUUUGCUGCUGUUUUCUAUUAUAUUCUUCAGGAGCAAGAUUAAGUUUUGCAGUCAAAAUGUCACCAUCUAAGGAAAUUGCAGAAAGAAAGUCCCUUUCUGUGGAAACUGACAUUUUUCAUGAAGCUUUGGAGACACUACAAGGAACUGAAGUGGAAAGAGUAAGGAACAUUCUAAAAGAUUUAAAUGAAGGAAAAUUGGAUGCAGAAACAUUAGAAAAACUUGUACAAGAGUAUGAAGAAAAGCUGCACGUAGUUCAAAUGGCUGAGACAGCAACAAAUUGA